GUCGACUGGACGGACAAAUUGAGUUCUGUCAGAAGUGUCAAGGAACAAGGUUCGUGUGGUUCCUGCUGGGCGGUGGCGGCCAUUGGUGCGUUGGAGAUGCAUGCAGAGCUGGCCUUGCAGAAGGCAGGCUCUGCGCUCUCCUCGAACCAGGUGAAAGAUUGCUCCACAAAUCCAAAGCACUGUGGGGGCAGUGGCGGCUGCCAGGGUUCCACCUCGGAGCUUGCAUAUGACUACAUUGUGAAAAACGGCAUUGCCCUCGACAGCACCUACGGAGGGGACAAGAAUCGCGAUUCAAGCUGCCAGCCGCACAAGCCCUACUUGCACAUUGCAGGCUUUCAGCCGUUGCCCGUGAACAAGCUCCAGCCGCUCAUGGAAGCCGUAUCUACGAAAGGACCCGUCGUUGUGUCCAUCGAUGCCUCCGGCUGGAAUUCCUACAGUGCCGGCAUCUUUGAUAGCUGUGACAAGGAUGCCGUUGUGAACCAUGCUGUGGUUUUGGUUGGCUACGGCAAGUCCAAGUCGGAGAACAAGGAUUACUGGCUCAUUCGCAACUCCUGGGGCGAGGGUUGGGGUGAGAAGGGCUUCAUCCGACUGCUCCGUCACAGCAGCGACCAAGGUGAUGCAGGCUACUGUGGCACGGACCGAAACCCGAAGGAAGGCGUUGGUUGCGACGGCGGGCCCCCGGAAAUUCCUGUUUGUGGCAUGUGCGGCGUACUCUCGGAUUCCGUCUAUCCUACCGGACUCCAGCUCGCCUGA